CUUCGACCUCCAUGCCAUGCCGCUCCCCAACAUCUCCUGUCCCCAUGCGUGCUCUGAAGUUGUGAUGGCCCUGGACACUGGGUAUCGCACCCCGCUGACCGCGGUGCACAAGGGCUGCUGGGAGGGCCCGAUGACCGGUAACAUGCAGUCGCUUCGGACAGCGCUGCCGCCCGACUACACAGUGGUGCGUGGCUGCGCGGCUGACUUCUGCAACACCCACCUCCAGAGCCACGACAUCAUCCCAGACCUGAGCCGAGCCCCGUACCCACAGAAGCUCAGCGGCACGGAGUGCUACGUGUGUUUGGGGAUCCACCCCGAGGACUGCUCGGUGGAGAAAUCCCGCCUAGUGCAGUGUCACCAGGACCAGAGCGUCUGUUACCAGGGCAGUGGCCGAAUGAACACCGGCAACUUCUCAGUCCCUGUGUACCUGCGAACCUGCCACCGGCCCUCCUGCAUUGCUGUGGGUACCACCAGCCCCUGGACAGACAUCUACCUCCACGGCUCCUGCUGUGAGGGCAACCUGUGCAACAGGGAUCCCCUGAAUGUCUUCAUGUCUGCGGCCCCCACUCUGCCUGGGGCACCCCACACCUUGGGCCUGGUCCUUGUGACUGCCCUGCUGGCCAGUGCUCUGGGAGGAUCCCUGGGGCUCUCCACAUAGAGGAUGCUGGGGCCGGUCCCUGUACCUGCUGCUCACUGUGUCAGCCUUUGUCGUGGCCACUGGCAAAUGCAGUGCACAGAGGCUGCUCCUGCCCCUUCAGCCAUAGUCCUUCACCUCCCUCCCUCCUGCUUCCCUACCCCUACCCUGCCUGCAGCUGGUCAGCAGGUCUGGAAGAAACUGGACACUCUCACUGCCUCCCAGGGGUGGGACAGUCACCCGAGUCCCACCCACCUGAAGACCAGUCCUGAUAGUAGGUGUUACUCACACCAGGCACUGCCACACAGUCUCCUGGGCUCCCUGUCACAGCUGUAGAACAGCCAGCAUAGUGUUUCUAGUAGCAUCUUCCUCCUGAGUAGCACAGAGAGCUGUUUCCUAACUGUGAGAAGCUGGGCUGCCUGGGUGGGAUC